AUGGUUGCGCGCAAUUCUCCAGACGCCUCCCCGACUUUGUCUAUCCUACUUUCGAACAAACAUGUAGAGCUGCCUACAGAUAUUCUUAGAGAAAUAUUCGAAACAACAGCCCGGAAUUUUCCUGGUACAGGGGUCAAGUUAGCGGGGCUAUGUAAGCGCACCCAGUACUGGAUGGAAUGGUUCAUAUAUGAAACUGUUGUUUUGGACCAUCCCUCAACACGGACAUCUGCUUUCCUACGCACCAUUGACGCACGACCAGCGGAGUUCUUCUCACAGAGAGUUAAAAACCUCUACUUGAGUUACACUAUAACUUUGGAUGAAGCCCAGAAAAUUCUGCCUGUUUGCAGUAGCCUUACACAUCUAACAUGCUGGGCUCAGAGCUCACAAAGACCGGGAUGGUUGAUGCCGCUUCUCAGUUCCUCGACCCUUACUCGUCUUUCAAUCAAACUGGAUAUGUUGACGACCCGCGGUGCUUUGCUUUCGUUUUCCGACAAAAUUUUCCAAGCCUUAACACACCUUGAAAUUGUCAGUCCACCUUCCGUCAAAACCGGCAUGUCCGUCGAUUGGACAACACUUAUAGGACUGCCGAAGUUGAAACAUUUGAUCAUUGGCAACCUCUUUUCAUGGGACCAUUUCUACCUCCUUCCUAUCAUUCGAGGACUUCUGGAUUUAUCUGUAAGCUUGGAAGUCCUCGCAAUCUUAUCCAAGGACGAGCGAAUGCUCGAAGCUUUAGGCUGUCAGGAGUUUAUUGAUCCUAGGCUCGUUAUCCUUCCGAGAUUCAAUUGGCCAUUGGAUUUACCGACAUACUGGAAGAAUCUUUACACUGGGGAGCUCGAUGCCUGGGAACCUUCAGUUCAGGAAGCGAUGAAACAGCGAUUGGAGCGGAACCAACAGAUUCGGCUUACUACUCCCUUAUAUCAGGAUUAG